AUGGCCGGAAAGAAGAUUAUCACCGUAUUUGGAGCCACCGGACAACAGGGUGGUUCAGUGGUUGACAUCUUUCUCAAUGACGAGAAGCUCAAGAAUGAGUGGUCUGUACGAGCUGUCACCCGAGACAUUUCCAAAGAGUCUGCCAAAAAGCUUGCGGCAAAGGGCGCCGAGAUUGUGCAGGCCGAUCUUUCUGACAACAAGACAUUGGACAACGCUGUCUCCGGCGCUGAAGCCGUAUUUGCCGUCACCAACUACUGGGAGGCGAUGGACGCGGCACUGGAAGUAAAGCAGGGAAAGGCCAUCGUUGAUGCCGUAAAGAGGGCAGAUACCAAGCUCUUGAUUUGGAGUUCGCUCUACGAUGUUAACAAACUGACAAAUGGCAAGCUCCCCCAUGUCUACCACUUCGACGGCAAGGCCGCAGUUGAAGAGUAUGCCCGUUCUCAGGGGAUCCCAGCAGCCUUCUUCAUGCCUGGCUUCUACAUGUCCAACCUUCCAGGUCAGAUGUUGACUCCCAGCGGCGCUGGUAAUGCCUGGACGUUGGCACUCCCCAUGCCCGAGAACGCGCCUAUCCCCAUGUUCGACAUUUCCGACACGGGCAAAGUUGUCAAAUCUAUCGUGCUCAACAAGGCGAAGGUUUUGGGGAAGCGUGUCCUUGGUGCCUACAAAUACAUGACGCCUAAAGAGAUCAUCGAGGAAUUCAAGGCGGCUUAUCCCGAGGCUGCGAAGACCGCUACAUUCUUCUCGACUCCCCACGAUGAGUAUGUUGAUGCACUCAAAGGUUUGGGUAUGCCUGAGUUCGCGGCCAUCGAGUUACUGGAGAACAUGCGUGUCAUGGAUGAGGGCGGAUACUAUGGUGGUGCGUCACUGGACGAGAGUCAUGCUCUGCUCAGUGAUCCUCUGACAAGCUGGGAAGAGUUUCUCAAGAAGUCUCCUGUGCUUAAGGAACUCAAGUAG